AUGUCUACCACAGAGGAAUGGCUUCAGGAGUUUGAGGCACUCUGUAGUCGAGUAUCCACCUUAUUUCCUUCUGAAAUUGAUGAUGAGAAUGUUCGUAUCCGAGCAUUGCGCCUGGCUGAAAAGGCUGUACAUCAGCUCCAUACCCCUAUGACUUUUGCUGAAGCACAGACUUGGGCACCACUCGAGCUGUUUGGCGCCGGAGUGGCAUGUGAGAUGGGCAUAUUUGACAUCCUGUCCAAGCAGUCUGGGUCUCUCAGCACAGCCGAUAUUGCCAGAGAGCUCGAUGCCGACCCAGCCUUGGUCGCUCGAAUCAUGCGUCUGCUGGAUGCACAUUAUAUGGUCGAUCAAGUCUCAUUGGGUCAGUAUGCAGCAAAUGCAAUUACUAGAGACUAUGUACAACCGUACCGAAAAGGCAAUGUCAUGACACAAGUUGCCUUGAUGCCCUCAUAUUUUGCUCUUCCGGCGUGGCUUCGUGACAACAAUUACAAAGUUCUACCUGAUGCAAAACACUGCGCCUGGCAGGUUGGGACCAAUACCACCAAGACGUUCUGGGAGAGCAUGUCAGAGGACCCAAGGCUGAGCAAAUACUUCAACGAUUACAUGUCACUCCCUCGUACCACCCAAGAGGAAGAUUUUGUUAGCUUCUAUCCGUUUGAGACUGUUUUCGCAAACUCUAACGCCGAUGACAUCCUCUUUGUUGAUAUCGGCGGCGGUCUCGGCCACCAAGCUAGGCGCGUCCGCAGCGCUUUUCCGCGUUCUCGUGGUCGCAUCAUCUUGCAAGAUCUUCCCCAAGUGACUAACAAGAUCACGGCUGACUCGCUACCUGAUGUUGAAAUCAUGGACCACGACAUGGCACAUCCACAGCCUGUCAAAGGCGCCCGUGUCUACUACCUUCGUGGUGUCUUGCACAAUCAUGCUGACCACGUGUCCGUCAAGUUCCUCUCACAGUUUGCAGCAGCUAUGGGUCCCGAGUCAAGAUUGUUGAUUCAUGAGGCCUUAGCGACAGACCUUAGUCCAACUAAGAAUAUUACGAGGUUUGAUCUGAGUAUGUUGGCAUCGUGUGGAGGUGUGCAGAGGUCUGAGGCAGAGCAAAAGGCAUUAUUAGAGAGCGUCGGAUUGGAGGUAUUGGGGACAAUGAGUACACCCAGAGACUGGUCCAUUAUGGAGGCCAGAUUGAAGAGGGAGUAG